AUGCAAUCUCGACAGCCCGCACCGAUUGCCCCUCCACCUCAAUUAUAUCGAUCCUCACAAUCUGCUUCUUUAGUUCAAGUAUCAAAUCAAACGCUCUCUCCAAUUUCAACCGCACAUCACCAAAUUUCUCCGCCAGUGUCAAGAACUCAUCAAAACCGUCAACUUCGAGGUCUUGACACUUCACCUUCUACUAGCGUUCGUUCCGAUUUUCUUCUUCCACCUCAAACAGGUGUAUCUUCGCCAAUUAUAACAAGCUUUCAGCCUCUCUUUAGUCCAAACUUAAACUCUCCUCUUACCCCUCGUAGACCUUAUCCUGGAGUCUCUUGUCUUAUACAUGAAGGACAACGAGCGUUUAUACAAAGAAGAAUUUUGACUGAUAUACAAAUUUUUACUAAUUUACAAAUUCAUCAACUAAAGUUUAUAUGUUCGGGUAGAAGUAUUUCUCCCUACGAUUUGGAAGCCUGGGAAGCAAUGUUGAGCAACGAAAAGUUUCCGACUACGAAUUCUGGUCAAGAUGCUUACGAUGUUGAUAUUGCGACUGUGAGCCUUGCCAUUGAGUUUGCCAGCAAUAAUACCAAAACUGCAAAUUUCAAUACUUUGCUUCUUCAUGCGUUAAGUCAAAUGCGUCGCAUAAUAGAUCCCGAAUUCCAUGGGGAAGUUCCAGUAGAAGCAUAUAAUUCCUUAUUUCUUGUGAGAGUUUUUUCAAAACACUUUAUUGGAAAUUUAUCGCUUGAUGAAAUUCAUCGACAAUUUGAAGGAAAUCAUACCAUUGCAAUAGGAUCAACUAAGCUUAAUGGAUUGAAUUCUAAAAUUGAUGAAUAUAAACGUGCUCCAAUUGAACUUGAUCAAAAAAAACUUGUGAUCGAUCCUAAAGUUACUCGGGAUAUCAGGCCAAAGGCUGAACAACUUUUGGAUGGGUUAUUGACAAUUAUUUUGAAGUUGGAUCCAACUUCAAAUGCGUCAACAUAUGAAUAUUAUCAAGAAUGUUUAAACACUUUGUUGGUUUUACUCUCAGCACAAAUACACCAAUCAAAUGCAAGUCAAAUAGAAAACAAUUAUUUUCUAAAUAUUUUAUUGACUAACUUUAGUGAGCUGGUCAAUAACUUAACUAAGCGACUUGUGACAAACUUUAUUGAACAAAAGACACCACCACCUGCAUCCACAAGCGUUGUGUAUAAUGCCUAUUCCUAUCUUUUCCCUAGUAGAUCAUCGGCAACUUUACCAUCAGAUCCUCCGCCAAUAGCAGAAAGAAGUUUACUUAUUUUACUGUUACUCUCUGUUCAAUGCCGAAUUCCAGAUGAGAAAACAAAAAAUUUUCGCGAAGGAAUUAGAUCUUUAAAAGACGCGCAAGGAAUCGAUGAGAGCAAUCUGGCAGUAUCAUUUCGUACUUUAUAUCAAUUGAUUUGUCGUCAGUUGCCAAAUGAAGAGAUUUGUUUGUUAUUAUAUCUAUUCAUGAUCGAAAAUGAAGAUUUUAGGGUUUACGUUUUGUCUCGUUUAGACCCCGAAAUUCUUUUACUUCAAAUCCUAAGAUUGUUGUAUGAUGGAAUUGAUAACAAAACAAAUUAUUCGCAGAUGUAUAUUCUGCUUACAAUUAUUUUGCUUUUUAGUCAGGAUGAAGUCUUUAACGAGAAUAUUCAAAAAAUCUCUAUAUCAUAUCAACCAUGGUUCACAGAAAGAUUUUUAAAAUCCAUAACAUUAGGAGGGUUGACGUAUUUAGUCCUUAUAAGGAUUAUACAGUUUAACCUCAGUUCCCAUCAGGAUGUGUACUUUCACAACAACUGUUUAGCAAUUAUGGCUAACUUGGGGAAUAGUAUUCAAGAUAUACAUCCAUAUGUUGCGCAAAGACUUGUUAACAUGUUCGACAUUGUAGCUAAGCGAUAUCAAAAAUUAUUAAAAAGAGCCCAGCAACAAGGUGAAGAUGAAAAUUCUGACGCUGUCGCAAUAUACGGUGAACUCGUCAAUUUAGUCCUGGAAAUCAUCAAUUCAGUGUUGACUCGAAGACUUAAUUCUAAUCCAGAAUUAAUAUAUUCACUAUUACAUAAAAAGGAUUUGUUUACGCAUUUUCAAUUGCAUCCUCAGUUUUCAGAAUUAAUUGCUAAUAUUGAUAAUGUAAUUAGUUAUUUUCAUGCUCGAAUAUCCGAAGCAAAUCUUAAAUCUCCAUCUGCGGAAGAGAUUUCAGAGCUAAUUGAAACUGCAGCAAGAACUUGGCCACCAGGCAGACUUAAGGAGUUCCCUGAUUUGAAAUUCCAAUAUGAGGAAGAAACGGAAUCACAAGAAUUCUUUUGUCCAUACGUGUGGGCUUUGAUAUAUCGUCACACUUGGAUUUACUGGGAUGAGGAUAAAGCUCAUAUCUUACGCGAUUAUAUCAUAUAUGAUGAUGAGAUGGAAGAUUCAGCUGUUCAAGUCGUAUAA